UUCCUCAUUGGAGCACUGAAUUUCCCAGAAUUUCUUAAAUAAUCUAGUUAGUGUCCUGAUCACAGUCUCGUCACCAUUUUGUCAAAACUAGGUUUUCUGGGUAGAAGAAUGCUGUCCCUUCUGAAAGUUUACGUGAAGUUUUACAGCACUUCUUGUGUUGUUGCUUUGACUACUUUUAUUCAACUUGUUUUCUUAUUUUCACAUGUUUUGUAAUACAUCAAGAUAUACUGAAGCCCUAGCCAUUAUUUUUUGGCAUCUUAAUGUACUAGCUUGUGCACCAACAGGUUCAGGGAAAACAGUCGCCUACCUACUUCCAGUGCUUAAUGAAUUAUUAUUAACAAAACUUCCCGACUGUGUUAAUUCUACGGAUACUCUGGGUGGAAAUAUGCAGUUAGAAAAGAAAAUAUUUCCAUUCGCUAUUAUCUUGGCCCCCACCCAAGAACUUAUGCAUCAAAUCUGGUCUGAAGCGAUUCGGUUAUGUCGUGGUGUCCAAGGAGACUGUUAUGUGGCAAUGCUCAACCAAAAACACUAUUCUAAUCGGUGCAAAAGGAGCUCAGAUAAGACUGUUGGGACUGGAAGUGUACUACAGAAUUCGAAGAAGUCACGUGAAUUAAGAUUACCUUUGAACACAAAAAUCCUAAUUACAACGCCAAGUCGGUUAAUUGCUUUGUUAUCUCUUCCACCCAAGCAAUGUCCGUUUGACUUCUCCAGGCUCUUUUGGCUCGUGGUGGAUGAAUGUGAUAAGAUGCUGGAAGUAAAUUUUGGCGAUGUUUCUCGUCUUAACUCAGAGCAUUUGGACAAAGGGAAAUAUCGACCUCGUGGAUUUCAUGAUCAGUUAGCUGCUAUCUUCGAGGCCGUGAAGACCAGCCAUUCCAAUGAACAGUUACUGACUAGGCCUGCUAUCGCUUUGUUUUCAGCUACUAUUCCCGAUGAGGUUGUACUAUGGGCAAAAAAUCAGCUACCUGCUCUCCUGCAGACUGAUAAUUUCGCCCUAGAAUUAGUUCAAUUAAGAGUGGGUAUCCGAAAUGCUGCUGUUUCUACUGUCAAACAAGAGCUGCGCUACUGUGCUAAUGAACAAGGGAAACUUUUAGAAAUGCGUUACCUACUUGCUAAUGGACUAGCUUAUCCAUGUUUGAUUUUUAUGCAGUCUCGAGAGAGAGCUAAUGAAAUCCUUAAAGAAAUCCUACUAUCUGAUGCAAACAUUUUGGUAAAUGUUAUUUCUGGUGAUAAAACGACAGCUCAACGUGCCAAAGUUGUUCGUGCUUUUCGUGAAGGAAAACUUCAUGUUCUCAUUUGUACAGAUUUAUUGGGUCGUGGAAUCGAUUUCAAAGGUGUCAGUAUGGUAGUCAACUAUGAUGUCCCUGCAUCAGAACAAGAAUAUAUACAUCGUGUCGGUCGAACUGGAAGAGCUGGUCACCAUGGAAGAGCUGUUACACUGUGGAGUGAUGCUGACCUUCCGCAUAUGGAUGGUAUCUUAUCAGUAAUGAAAAGAAGCGGUUCAGAGGUUGAUGCAGAACUAGACAGACUUGUGAACCAGUGGAAAACAAAUCGUGUAAACAUAAUGUCCAAAAACAAAGAAUCUAAUGCAAAUCGGUGUCUGAGUAGUGUAAUUAGUCGUCGACGUGGAGAAAGACGUCUCGCCUAUAAAAUCCUCAAAAAUUCAGACAGAAAAAGAAGUGAAACUGCUGAUAGUGAAGAAAAAGGAGCUAUUGACAUUUUUGAACAAACAGCUAGGCUUAUUGAUUCUAAACUCCGCCUAGGUGCUGCAGUAUUGAAGAUUUCCUGA